CAGCGUACGAUUCUGUUCAUCUAGGAGCAUGCUACGCUGUAUCAUCAGCGCAAUAACCUUGGAUUCCCAGGUUUAUCCACAAUGUUCUUGUUCAAGCGGAGUCUCCACGUCCCAAUUUUAUCCAUAUGCCGAAUGAUUUGGUAUCCGAUCAAUGUUGUGGUCGGAUUUGUCUGCAAUUCUUUGCUUGGGUGGAAGCCGGCAAGGAGUAAUAUUGAAGAGUUGCGCCAAUCCUCUCUGUCGAGUCCCAACACUGUUGCCCCGACAGCUGCAAAUGACCUACCCAUUCACCCUGCCCACGUCGAAGUUAUUGAAAUUCGUCGGUAUUAUCCUCCCGGUGUCUCCAAGAUCAUCGGCCGUGGCGGUGAAAGUUUCAUUGGCCUUAUCGACGAGUCGACGGUUCUGAAGUACCCAUGCGUCCCUGGAAACCGGGAGAGUAUUGAAAUAGAGGCCAAGAUUCUCUUUAUCCUUGGAAGCCAUCCACGAAUCCUCGCCUCGAAGGGCCUAAACGAGAAUGGUCUGGUACUGCAGUAUGCCUCAAACGGAAACGUCUACGAACGCGUCACGUCGGAGCCCGGUAUCUCUUUCGACCAAAAACUGCGUUGGUGUAAACAGGCUGCAGAAGCUGUCAAGUACAUACAUGAAAAAGGGGUUAUCCAUUGUGAUAUCAACCUCCGCAAUUUCUUGUUGGACGAUAACCUUAAUGUUCUGCUCGCGGACUUCCAGGGUAUGCUGAAGUCAACGCAUGGCGAAACAUUGCUGGAUGGGCUGUCCCGGGAAUGUUCAAAAUCGUUUAUGCCCCGGAUUCACGGUGACUUCGCAAAUGUUAAGACAGAUAUCUUUGCGUUGGGAUCUGCAAUUUAUUUCAUAAUGUUGGGACAUGAAGUGUUCCCAGAAUUGGACAACUUAGAAGAUGACGAGCAGAUAGCAUCACGAUUUCAGAGUGGACAGUUUCCUACUGACAGCCAUGCGUGCUCUAUGAUCACAGAUAAGUGCUGGAGGCAAAUGUAUGAGUCCGCUGAAGAAAUAAUUUUUGACAUCACUCAAGUCCAGGCGUCGAAAGGAGCCGGGAGUGAACAUCAAGACGAAUAA